GCCGCCGCCCCCGCCGUCGUGCCGGGUCGCGGGGCGGCAUGAACCCGCGGCCGCUGCGCUAGCGUCCCGCUCCUCCGCGCGGAGGCCCGGCUGCGGUAACGGGCGCUCGGGGCCGGAUCGGGGGCCAUGAAGCCGAGUCCGGCCGGGACGGCGAGGGAGCUGGAGCCGCGCGAGCAGCGCGCGGCGGAGCCCGAGGGACGCUGGCGGGAGAAGGGCGAGGCGGACACGGAGCGACAGCGCACCCGGGAGCGGCAGGAGGCCACGCUGGCCGGGCUGGCGGAGCUGGAGUAUCUGCGCCAGCGCCAGGAGCUGCUGGUCCGGGGCGCCCUGCGCGGCGCCGGGGAAGUGGGGACCGUAGUGGCGCGCGCUGGGGAGCUGCCGGGGGAGGCGGCGCAGCGCAGCCGUCUGGAGGAGAAGUUCCUGGAGGAGAAUAUCUUGCUGCUGCGAAAGCAGUUGAAUUGUUUGAGGAGAAGAGAUGCUGGUUUGUUGAAUCAGUUGCAAGAACUUGACAAGCAGAUAAGUGACCUGAGACUAGAUGUAGAAAAAACAUCUGAAGAGCACCUGGAGACAGACAGCCGGCCUAGCUCAGGGUUUUAUGAACUGAGUGAUGGGGCUUCAGGAUCCCUUUCUAAUUCCUCUAACUCAGUGUUCAGUGAGUGUUUAUCCAGUUGUCAUUCCAGCACCUGUUUUUGCAGCCCCUUGGAGGCAACCAUGACUCUCUCAGAUGGUUGUCCCAAAUCUGCAGAUGUGAAUCCCAAGUACCAAUGUGAUCUGGUGUCUAAAAACGGGAAUGAUGUAUAUCGCUAUCCCAGUCCACUUCAUGCUGUGGCCGUGCAGAGCCCAAUGUUUCUCCUUUGUCUGACCGGCAACCCUCUGAGGGAAGAGGAGAGGCUUGGAAACCAUGCCGGUGACGUGUGCGGUGGAUCUGAGCUUGUUGCCAUCCAAACAGACAGCUCCUUACCGUCUCCAAGCAGCUUAUGGUCUGCUUCGCAUCCUUCAUCCUCUAAGAAAAUGGAUGGCUACAUUUUGAGCCUGGUCCACAAAAAAACACACCCUGUAAGGACCAACAAACCAAGAACCAGUGUGAAUGUGGACCCCACGAAAGGGCUUCUGAGGAAUGGGAGCGUUUGUGUCAGAGCCACUGGGGGUGCCUCACAGGGUAAUAGCGUGAACCUUAAGAAUCUAAAACAGGCGUGUCUGCCCUCCAGUGGAAUACCCUCUUUGGACAAUGGGACAUUCUCCCCUCCGAAGCAGUGGUCAAAAGAGUCAAAGUUAGAACAAGGGGAAAGCAAGAGAUUGCCCCCGUCCGAGGGCUGCUCGCCAGCUGUUGCCUCCGAACUUCAAAGCAAGCAUCUACCCAAAAAUGCCAAGCCAGCCUCCCAAGAGCAUACUCGGUGUCCCCCCUCUGGGACAGGGGAGCCCCUUAAGGAGAGUACUCCACCCUCCGCUGCCUCUCAGAAAGAGAGCCCUGGCAGUGGCCCCGCCGCCCUACCAGAGAACAGGGUGGCCCAGCCCCUGAAAAAGAUGUCACAGAAAAACAGCCUGCAGGGUGUUCCCUCGGCCGUACCCCCUCCACUGCUGUCCCCAGCUUUCUCCAUGGAAGAGAGGCCUGUCCUGGAUUUCAAAAGCGAGGGCUCUUCUUCCCAAAGCCUGGAGGAAGGACAGCUGGUCAAGGCUCAGUUCAUCCCCGGGCAGCAGCCGGGCGCCAGGCCGCACCGGGCCCACAGGAGCGCGGGCGGCAAGGGCCCCACCCUGAAGCAGCGCGGCCAGGCGCUGCAGGGGCUGGACAACGGCUUGCCCACCGUCAGGGAGAAACCGCGCACAGGGAGCAAGAAGUGCCGCUUCCCCGAGGACUUGGAUCCCAGCAAGAAACUGAAGAAAGCCGCCUCCAAGGGCCGCAGGGGCGGGGGCGCGCCCGAAGCCGGCCUUCCCGGCAGGCCCCUGGGCGGCGGCGCCAGGGCGCACGGCCACGGCCGGGAGCCGGUGGUGGCCAAACCUAAGCACAAGCGAACCGACUACCGCCGCUGGAAGUCCUCCGCCGAGGUGUCCUACGAGGAGGCGCUGCGGCGGGCCCGGCGGGGGCGCCGGGAGCGCGCGGCCUACCCCGCGCGCGCGCCCUUCGCCAGCCCCUACGCCUACGCGGCCAGCGACUCCGAGUACUCGGCCGAGUGCGAGUCGCUCUUCCACUCCACCGUGGUGGACACCAGCGAGGACGAGCAGAGCAACUACACCACCAACUGCUUCGGGGACAGCGAGUCGAGUGCCAGCGAGGGCGAGUUCGUGGGGGACAGCACGACCACCAGCGACUCGGAGGAGAGCGGAGGCUUAAUUUGGUCCCAGUUCGUCCAGACGCUCCCGAUUCAGACGGUCACGGCCCCGGGCCUUCGCCACAACCCCACAAAAACCUUUGUCAAAAUUAAAGCUUCACAUAACCUCAAGAAGAAAAUCCUCCGCUUUCGGUCCGGCUCUUUGAAGCUGAUGACCACGGUUUGAGUGAUGAUGUGGGUGUAGAAAAAUUCCCUCCCACAUCUCCCCAGGUGCCAAAAUAAAGGAGGCAUCUUCAUUUUUGUGAAAUAAUCUUAAGGAAUGCUUUUCUUUUAAGAUAAAACCAAGGUAAUUAUUUGUCCCAUCUUCAUCUCGUAUAGACACUAGUGCCUUUAAUGGAAGGUAAAGAAUGUUUUGCUAGUUAGAAUAUUGAGGUUUCGAUGGUGGAGAUAGUGAAUGAGUUUUGUGGUGUCAGCUGUUUCAAGGUAUAGGUUUCAAUGCUCAAGUUUAUCAGGGUGAGACUUUGUGAACCCCAAGGUCAGGUGGAUGGAAUGCAGGACAUACCUUUGCUCCUUGAUUCUUCAGGGCAGCGUCCCCACUAGGGUUCUCCCUGGAGGGGCAUCACGUACAAUUGCGUGACGUAGGUACG